AUGGCUCGACGCUUCCAGAGGGGGGGCUUGAACCACAGGCCUGACCGAAAAGAGAACAUAUCACCCACGGCUAAAGGGAUAUGCUACCGCCUCCAGUCAGAAAGGGGCUGCGAUAAGGGGGAUGCUUGUCGCUUCUCGCAUGAUCUCCCCAAGGCACCACAAGCGGCUGGCCAGGCGAACGCGCCCAAUGGCAUUAUCGACGCCGAAUUUCGAAGAUGGACAUCCCUUAUUCCCAGGCCCAACUCAUAUUCCUCGUCCAUGGGCGUUGAUACAUCUCGAUUCUUUAGCUUGGGAUGGGAGCUCAUUGAAAAAAACAACCCAGACACAAGUCAAAAAAUCAUCACAAAGCUAGCAACGGACGAAGGUCUAGCAAUGAUCAGAGCCAUGACCGACAUCACUGUCGACAGAGAGCGGCUCAGAGCCAGCGAGUUUUUCAGGCGGACUUUGGCCCCAUUUUUCCAGAUGAUCUCUGCUCCCUACGUCUUCUCCUCGCCAGUGUUAGAAGCCUCUUUGGAUACUAUUUGUACCUUUUUGUUUGGCCCACAAGGCCGUCGAGCUAUAGACGUUUUUGAGGUUGCCGCCGAUGCCCUGAAGAAACUGCUUCAAGAUAAUGUCGCAGAAGAACAAGAGCACGAAGCUAAUGUGCUGACGGCAACAUUGCAGGUGCUGCAAAGAGUUGUCGACCUGAACCAAAAGGCUCAACUCUUGGACGAAAUCUCCACCAUUGCGGCCCGUAUUGCCGAUGCGAUCCCAGCAGGUUGGCCGCUCUGCCUUGCGCGGAAAUCCCUUGGUCGGAUCCAACAGCGGCUCGGCAUCAGUGUCCCGACAUUCGUGGAGAAACCAGAUGUAAACCUGCAGAAUGCCAUAUUCGACAUCAACUACGACCUUCCGGGGAAUCUCUCCAGAGAAGGCCGGCGACACGACAACGAUCACGAAGACAUCACAAAGAUCAAAGUCCUCCCUACCACGGACGAAAUAUCCUCUGAUCGGCCGGAAUAUCUACCGGUCAGCGGCGACGAGGGCCAGCCUCAAGGCAUGGCUAAUUUGCUCGAUAGGCACUUUAGGCUGGUUCGGGAGGACACAAUCGCCCCCAUUCGGGAUGCUAUUCGGAUAGAACGGGAGAAGGUCGAUAAUCCCAAUGGAAACAACAAAUCUAAACGGCGGCUCAAAAAUAAUGCACGAUAUGUCGUUUAUCAAAAUGUCUGCCUGACACGACUCAAGUUUGAUACAAAAAAGGGCCUUUUGGUCCAGGCUGAAUUUGACCAGCCGCUUCCUGUUGUAAACCUAGCCGAAAGGCAGCGAAGAGACUGGUGGGAGAACGCCAAACAGCUUCGAGGAGAUUCGCUUGUAUGUUACAUAUCUUCCGCGGGAAAUACUAUCUUCUUCCAGGUGUUCAGUCCACACUUUGACACUCAAAAGACGAAUGAGGAAACAAAAGGCCCUGAAGCCACGGGCCCCAGUCGUGAUGGCAAAUUCCGUCGAGCAGCAGCGCUAUUCAAGGACCAAGAUCGGGCAUCCAUCACUCUUGCACUGGUCGAGCCGCGAGAAGAGGAUAUUAUGUGGAUAACAACUCACCUUGAUAGACGACCCAAGCUACGCCAAUCGCUUCUCGAAUUUCCAAGUGUUUUAUUAGCCGCAUUUGAACCAACUUUGCGCGCUUUGCAACACAUGUCUCUGUCUCCAACAAGAGUCCCGUUUGCAGACAUCCUGCCACCUGGGAAGCCAGGGGUAGGAUUGAUAAACCCUCCCCCGCCUUCAUAUGCGCAAGCACAGAGAUUUUCUUUUGAUUUGGCGCCUUUGACCGAAGGGAAACCGUUGAGUUUAACACCUGGCCGGGUAUUGGAUUAUGAAGAAAUGCAAAAGAUGACCACGCUUGACGAAGCCCAACGAAUCUCGAUUAUCAACGCACUGAGCCAUAGCUUCGCCAUUAUACAGGGACCUCCAGGAACUGGCAAGAGUUAUACAGGAGUAUCACUAAUCAAAACUUUACUGGCAAACCGAGAGAAAGCAGGGCUGGGGCCGAUUAUUUGCGUAUGCUACACGAACCACGCACUCGACCAGCUGCUGGUUCACUUGAUCAAAAGUGGCGUGGACCAAGUGGUCCGCAUAGGGUCAAGGUCGAAAUGCCCUCUUGUUCAAGAUCUAAACCUUUAUAGCCUGUCACGCAAGUUACCUCCGACUAAAACCGAAAGAGCCAUGAAGGGCAAAUAUUUUCAAGCUCUGGACGAAGAGACGAGUCGCAUCGUGGGAAAUUUGCCAAUUUUCGAAAACCCCGGGUCCUGGCAAAAUAUUCAAAUGCACCUAGAAGACCAUCCUCUCCAUUAUAAGGAACUCUUUGGCCCGGAGAUCGAUAGUGAGGAGUUCCAAAAGGUGAAAGUCAAGCCUAACAAGGCGAUUAAACGAUGGCUUAAUAGCAAAACGCCGAACCAAUCAUCAAGCCGCCCUAUUUCAGAAUUAUGGAAUACUUCUUUGUGGGAGAUGUCCCGAAAUGAGAGGAAACGACUGUAUGAUCGUUGGGUUAACGAUAUAAUCAGAAAUCACACAAACCACUUGCUUGAUAGCCUUGAUGAAUGCCGCAAAGCCAAGAAUAUAAUCGACGGCUGUCAUCAGGAGCAAAGCAUUAGAUGCCUCGAUCAAGCGAAUGUCGUUGGAGUUACCACCGCAGGGUUGGCAAGGAAUAUCGAAAUGCUUCGCCGGGUACCGGCAAAAGUCCUUGUGUGCGAAGAGGCUGGCGAAGUCCUGGAGGCUCACACACUUACUGCUCUCCUUCCAUCGAUCGAGCACGCCAUCUUGAUCGGAGAUCACCAGCAACUCAGGCCGCAAAUCAACACUUAUGAGUUCCAGCAUGAUCAUCCAAGCGGAAACCGGUAUUCUUUAGACGUGUCUCUAUUCGAGCGCCUGAUCAACCCGGAAACUGGAGAUGCUAAGCUUCCGUUUAGCACUUUGAGAACUCAGAGACGUAUGCAUCCUUCGAUUGCAGAAUUGGUUAGGAGUACGAUUUAUCCUCGGCUACAGGACCAUCCCUCGGUGCACGAAUAUCCAGGGGUACCAGGAAUGCGUGACCGACUAUUUUGGCUGAAUCACCAGCACCUGGAGGAUAGUCCAGAUCGGAGUCAAACAACUUCUUUCUCGAAGACGAACUUGUUUGAGGUCGAGAUGGUCAACGGGCUUGUUUCUCAUCUCGUAAGACAAGGAACUUAUAAGCGCGAAGGCAUUGCUGUCAUCACACCGUACUUAGGCCAGCUGCAAAAAUUGAGAGAAAGACUUGGGCGGUCUAUAGAAAUUGUGGUGGCUGACAAAGACCUUGAAGACCUUGAAGCGAUGGACCUGUUGGACGACGUGAUAGAUACCGGGAAGAACAUUAUGCAAAAAACCGCACUCGUAAAUGCGGUGAGAUUAGCAACCGUGGAUAAUUUUCAAGGAGAAGAGGCCAAAGUGAUAGUGAUUUCACUGGUACGAAGCAACAAUGAGAGAAACUGUGGCUUCCUCAGGUCGCCGAAUCGAGCCAAUGUCCUGUUGAGUCGAGCGCAGCACGGAAUGUACAUUAUCGGCAACGCUGAAACUGCAAGUUCAGUCCCCAUGUGGGCAAAGGUCAUCUCGCUCCUCAAGGGAAAGAACCAAAUGGGUCCUAGACUAGCACUGUGCUGUCCUCGGCAUCCCGAGAUCCUAACUGGCGUAUCAAAACCGGACGAUUUUGUGGUCUUCUCACCAGAGGGCGGAUGUAACAGAAAGUGCGAGUCAAGAUUGAGAUGCGGCCAUCGGUGUCCCAAUAUGUGUCACUCAGAAUCGCUACACGAUACCGUUCGGUGUCUUGAACGUUGCGUAAGGCCCAUGAAAGGUUGCGACCAUUCAUGUCCGAAAGUAUGCGGAGAUCCAUGCGAGACAAACUGUCAAGUUCCGGUUCCUGGCAUCACCCUGAAAUGUGGACACAAGCCUUCCAGUUUGAAAUGUUACCAGGCGCAAACUCCUAGCUUGUACAGCUGCAAAGUUCCCACAGAAACUAAGGCACCAAUUUGCGGCCAUAAAGUUGUGGUUCCUUGUGGCAAGUUACCACUGAAGGACAAAUAUCAAUGCAAGGUUGUUUGCGGACAGCUUCUUCCCUGCGGCCAUAGCUGUGCGAAGCUAUGUAUGGAGUGUAGACCCGCGGAUGAUAGCGGCGUAUUCAACCACGGUGUAUGCAAGAUAGAGUGUGGCAGAAGUUAUAAGACAUGCAGUCAUGUAUGCAAGGCCACCUGUCACGGCGAAAGUCCAUGCCCGUUGUGCGAAGAGCCAUGUGAAAUACGGUGCACCCAUUCUCAGUGUGCAAAGAAAUGCCAUGAACCAUGUGCACCCUGCAUUGAAGAGUGUACAUGGGCCUGUCCACAUCAGGGUAAAUGUGAACUUCCUUGUGCUGUUCCUUGCGCUAUUUUGCCGUGUUCAAAGAGGUGCCCAGAAAUGUUACAGUGUGGUCACCAAUGUCCGUCGAUUUGUGGCGAAGAAUGUCCAGAUCCUCGAUACUGUCAAGUAUGCGCCGAGCAAUCAAUUAAACAAACGAUGGUGGAUUAUAUCAUGGGAACAACAUAUGCGGAUACCAAUCUUGAUGAAAAUCCGUGCAUUAUUCCUCAAUGUGGCCAUAUCAUCAGCAUGGAAAGUCUAGAUGCACACCAAGGUAUGGGUCAAUACUAUGUUAUCUCCGAAGAAGCCGGCAAGGGGGAUACGAUCAUGGGGUUGAAACCGUCCGAGCCAUUAUCAGAGAGCGAGAGUAAACGUUGUCCCGUCUGCCGUGGCCCUUUGAAUACUACUCGACGGUACGCUCGUAUUGUUAAACGACGAUGGAUUGACGAAGCCACGAAGAAAUUCAUUGCGUGGGCUCACAAGAGCUUUCUCCCGCUGGCUGAAAAAAUGAUGGAACUUCAAACUCAACUCGCGAAACAAAAGAAGAGCAAGGAUAGUAGCCCGCUCGUCGAUGUCAUAGACGUGAAGUUAAAGGGCUCAAACAAUGAGCAGAUUAAUGAAAUCGUCAAAAUUGUACGGCCGGAUAAACGAUAUCAGGAGAUUCUCAAGCUUCGACGGAAUAUUUGGCGGUUUCUGGCGAGAGUUGACGAAUCUGAACAGCCGUUCCAGAGAAUAUACGCCCUCGUGGAGGACGUUAAACGACAGCGUGGAAUAGCCGCUAACAUGGAAAACAGUCCCACCCUUCUUCAAGUUCGACACCGUCUUUUGACCACCGCUCUCGUGCUUCGUUGCGAUUAUGUUAUCAUCGGACACUUUUUGACUGUAACCGUAUGUGAAGCGAAAACAUGCCAGAUCAGCGUUGAUUUUAGUAUGACCAGGAGGUAUUGCGAGAAGCUCGCGCAUGAAUCUCAGCAACGGACACAGCCAGCAAUUGCAGUGGAAGGGCACAUUCUUUGGGCUCGGUUCGCAGCCUUGGAGUGCGGGAGGAAAGAGGAUGCCGACGAAUUGUUGAUUCAAGCCAAAGAGCAUUUGCGGCAGGCUCACACGAUAUGCGAGAAAUUUCCUGGCCAAACAGCUGGCUUGGUAACCGAGAUAUCGGAAGUGGAUAAGAUGUUGCGCUCGUCAACGGUGUAUCUCCCCGUCACAAACGCUGAACGAGCUGCAGUGUACGCAGCAAUGGCACUCGAGCUUCAAGGGACCGGACAUUGGUACUACUGCGUAAAUGGCCAUCCGUUUACGAUUGGAGAAUGUGGAAUGCCGAUGGAGGAAGCUAUGUGUCCACAGUGCGGAUCGCUGGUUGGAGGUCGCCAGCAUGAAGUCGCCGAGGGUGUCACACGGGCCAGGGACUUGGAUGAUCAGUUUGGUCGACUCACCGUUUAA